GCCUCUUUAGACACAGAUCCUUUGCCUCCGGAGCUUAAACUGUUGUCUUCGUUUUCUCGUAGUUUUUAAGAUUCUGUCUUCAGCAUAACUCUUUGGUCCCUUGGAUCCCACCAUAGCAAGGCUGGUCCUUUUUCUAGAAUAUUGAGUUGGGUACAAUAUAAGAACAGCAGCUUUGGAUAAUUUGGUGAAACAUUAGAAGGGAGACAGGAUGCCUUGGUUGAGUGUCUUGGUUGAUGUGUUUCGCAAAGUUGUGCGCUUGAAUUUAUACUGCAGAGUUAUUUUGUAAAGUUUACAUCUCUCACUUUACCUUAAUUUUUUUAUCGGCUUGCUGUUCUUUGCUCAACCAUCCAUGGGAUCUACCCACUUUUUUAUGUUUUUCCGUGAUCAAUAUAGGAUUAGUUAGAAUAAAUACUACUCAUAAUUCAAGCUUCUUCUGCUGGUUUCUUGGUUUCAUACCAUUUCUUAAGUACAAGUUAGAUCAGUUCUUGGUCUUGUGCCUGGGUGGAUUCUGUUUGCUUUAUUAUUUGGGAAUUUGUUUCUGUUCACAUCCUCAAUUGAUAGUAAUCCAAGGCAAGAAAGUAGUUAUGGUGUGCCAAGCAGCAAGUCAAACGAGAUUUCGAGCAUUAAAAUAUGAAAACGGGAUUGCUGGAAAACCAACAAUUGUAGUUAGAGUAAUUGCAUGCUUUCAACCAAUGGAGGAUUGCCAGGCUGAGUACUUUCGUCAUUUGCUUAAACCUGUCACGUAGAUCGAUUUCAUAUUUGUGUUAUAUCGUCUAGUGGGGAUUUUUAGUUUUUCUUUUCAAACUUUUGUUUGUCAAAGAAGCGUUAAAGAAUUGAGAAUACAAGAUUGGGCAUUGUUCAUAUCCAGGUGGUUCUUCUAGUUGGAUGGUCCAGACCAACAAUUCUUGGUUUUUCCCACAGCAUUCUACUUCGCAACUGCCCAAAUUAAGUUGCAUGAGCACAUCAUUAGAGCCCAGGCAACCAGAAUGUUUGCCUGCAUGUAUAAAUCCCUGUACUCACAUGUUUUCUGUGAGUAGUUCAAUGCCAGGGUCUCUAGUUCCUGGUAUAAAUCCUGGCAUUCAUGCAGUUCCUGCAACUAUGGCAAUUCCAAGGUCUGCAGAUAUUUCCACUUUGAAAACAGAACAAAAGUAUCAUUCUGGUCAGUUGCUUCAGCAGUUAUACCCCUGUUUCCCAACAUCAUUGCCCUCUCUAGGUUCGUAUCUCAAAGAUCAGCAAUUGAUGAUUGCUAAAGGGUACAGUGGCAGGGCUACAGCUAAUGUGGUGUCUGGCUCCUUGCAGAAAGGACUGGUAAUUUUUGAUCAGUCAGGGAGUCAGACAAGGUUGAUAUAUGGUUCUGUUCCCCCUACGUCUCAAUAUGCAACCACUGCUGUUACAGAACUGGCUUCUUGUCUUGAUUUGCGUGAAGGGCAAGCAGUUAAAAUGGGUCCUUUUACUCCGACACCACCGACUCUACAGGAGGAAUUUGAUGAGAACCAUUUGAGCGUUGAAGAGAGUGAGAUGCAUGAAGAUACUGAAGAACUCAAUGCGUUACUUUACUCUGAUGACGAGGAUGAUGAUUAUCAUGAUGGUGAUGAUGACGAAGUAACGAGCACUGAUCACUCUUCUUUUCCAAUUAAACGAAACUACCAGAAUGAAGACCAAGUUGGUGAUGUAAUGGAGGAAGUUGCUAGCUCUGAUGGUCCAAACAAAAGGCAAAAACUGAUGAAUGGUGGGCAUAAGCAAUCAUCAAUGGUGGAUACUGCUUGUUCAGUGAAAUUGGAAGGCUCUCACGAGUAUGAUAGUGAUGCAGAAUCAAGCUACGCCAUUGGACAUAAUCAAAGAGAGGAAAUUGAUUCCAGUUUACGUAGUAAACAGUCAAAGAAGGAUAAGAUUCGCUUCACAUUAAAAAUUCUGGAGAGCAUAAUACCUGGUGCCAAGGGAAAGAACCCAUUGUUGGUCCUUGAUGAAUCUAUAGAGCACUUGAAGUCUUUAAAGCUCGAAGCCAAGAGUUUCGGAUUGAGGCACUACUGACUCGCACUUUCUCCUUUGUAGUAAGUUGUUGGCUAAAUGGUGGAAAGUAAGGAUGAGAAAGAAGUAAUUCUUGGCUUAAAUGAUUGAUGAAUUUGAAAUCACUACACUCGCUUUUGCUCUGUGGGGUCCUCCGUUUGUCGUCUUUCACUUUCUCAAGGAGCUGUACAGUGUAUAUAAUGGGACAAUAAAGGAAGUGAUGUAAGUAACGGGAUGCUAUUAGCUCUUUUGCUUAAAGGAGGUGAAGGGAAAAACGGGGUUUUGUUUGUUGACCAGAAAUGAUUAUCUUUUUGCUUUUAGAUGGGAUUUAUUAGAAGGAAAAUAAAAAUAACAAAAAGGUCACCACGGCUUUGAACGCAUGGGGAGGCUGCUAGUGGUGGUCUGUGCUGUAAAACGAGGACCCCCCUUUCCGGAAGUGUUGAGAGACCCCCCCUCCCCUCCCAUGGACUUAGUGCAUGCGCGUUAGGUAACUCGGGUCCCACUAUCCACCCUGUUCCUUUUCGUCACUUGAUCUUAUGCUUUGUCCUCUCUCAUUACCUUGGAAACACAUCAUGUUGAUAUUAAUCCCCAUAAAGUGUGAAGACAAGUUUCCUGGGCUGGGAUAUACAUGCAUGGAGAGCAGACUCUGUCUCGUUUGGGGUCCAUCUUUGAUCAAAUCAUAUGGGAAAAGUUUGGCUUGUUUUCACGUGAGUGCUUGAGAAGCUUGGUAGCAUUGUACAGCAUAUAUACGGUGUGAUGUGUGACCAUAGUCCUUGUUGUGAACUUUUUGGCUUUGUUUCUGGUGUUGCAGGGUGUUUUGUUUGUAUAAGUUGGAAGAUGUGUGUGCUGAUAAUUGGAGCAUGAACGAUUGAGCUUUGGCUCCAACUAUGAAUUUGUUGUACUAUCACUUUCAAUGGUACGUGUGAAUGUAAAAGGAUGUGUUGUGUUUUCGUUGGUA